UUUUGAUUUGAUUUUUUGAUAGGUAACUACAAUGGCUGCCAUUGUAUUUAUAGUAAUUUUAAUUUCGAUUUUAACUCAAAAUAUCGCUAAAGGCGAAAUAAAUGGUCGGCUGUUGGGAGAAAAUCAAGAAAAUAUGGAUCUAGAAGCGAGCCAUUCAAGUGCUAGGGAAUUUCCACUGCAGAAUUCUAUACAAAAACAUCCAAGGAGGCAUACAAAAUCAAAAAGAAGAAUGCGAAGAAGAUUUAAAUGCUACUCAUGUGAAUCGCCGUGCAAAAAUGUAACACAUGAUGCUCAUAUGUGCCAGAAUGCCAUUCAAUGUUGGAAAUCAAGAACUCGCAAUGCCUAUGGUGAAGAAAAUGUUUCACGGGGAUGCACAACAUCACCAGAACAGCUACCAUUGAUUUGUAAUCAGAACACACUGAAUAAUCUAGGACCGAGAAAACGGCAUGCUGUGGUACAAAUCAAUGUGGUAUGCUGUUCCGAUGACUAUUGUAAUGGGGGUGAUUUUCCUGAAUUACCUCCGGUAUUUCAAAAUGAAGUAACUCAAGUAGAUCCGAUGGGAAAUGGGAUGGUAAAGUUAUCAUUUGCGAUACUUGGACCGGUUUUUGUUAUUGUAGUAAUUGGAACUAUAGUUCUUUACUAUUUACGGCGGAAACAUCAGAAAAACUUGACUGCCUUUAGAAACAAACAAGAUCCGGAAUCUUAUUUGGUUAGUGAUGAUAUGUUGAGAGCUACAAGCGCUGGCGACAGUACUUUAAAGGAAUACUUUCAACAUUCUGUGACAUCAGGCUCUGGAAGUGGUCUUCCAUUAUUAGUUCAAAGAACUUUAGCUAAACAAAUAACAUUAGUCGAUUGCAUUGGCCGGGGAAAAUAUGGAGAGGUUUGGCGUGGAAUUUGGCACGGUGAAAGUAUUGCUGUAAAAAUAUUCUUCUCUCGUGAUGAGGAAUCGUGGAAGAGAGAAACUGAAAUUUAUAGCACUGUAUUACUUCGACAUGCAAAUAUCCUUGGCUAUAUAGGAUCAGAUAUGAUAUCAAGAAAUUCCUGCACUCAAUUAUGGUUACUCACUCACUAUUAUCCCCAUGGGUCCCUAUUUGAUCAUUUGAACAGGAAUGCCCUCAGUCAUUAUGAUAUGAUAAUGAUAUGUUUAUCCAUUGCAAAUGGUCUUGUACACUUACAUACUGAAAUUUUCGGAAAAGAGGGUAAACCAGGAAUUGCGCAUCGUGAUUUAAAAUCAAAAAAUAUUUUAGUCAAACCAAAUGGAACUUGUGUGAUAGCUGAUUUUGGAUUGGCUGUCACGCAUUCCCAUGUCACUGGAAAGUUAGAUCUUGGUAAUAAUCCAAAAGUUGGAACCAAACGUUAUAUGGCACCAGAAGUACUCGAUGAGAGUAUAAAUAUGCAUUGUUUUGAAGCACUUCGUCGGGCAGAUAUUUAUGCUUUGGGUCUUGUUCUUUGGGAGGUUUGUAGAAGGACGAUAUCGGGUGGUAUAGCUGAAGAAUACAAAGUACCAUAUUAUGAUGUUGUACCUUCAGAUCCAAGUUUUGAAGAUAUGAAAAAAGUUGUGUGCAGCGAUAAUCAUCGUCCAUCGAUACCGAAUCGCUGGAGUUCGGAUCCGCUGCUUGCUGGCAUGUCAAAACUAAUGAAAGAAUGUUGGCAUCAAAACGCCAAUGUACGUUUGCCAGUUUUGCGUAUUAAAAAGACUCUACACAAAUUAGCUUCCGCUGAUGAUAAAUUUAGAUUACAAUAUGACGAAGUAUGUGUCUAAUAUCGUUUAUAUGUUCAAACAAAAAAAAAAUAACGUAAAACUGAUUUAAAUAAUACGACAAAAAAAAACAAACUCCAUUAUGUAAGUUUUUGAUACGUUAAUUAAACGUAAGGCCAAUCUAAGUUAUAUUAUAAAAUCGUAAAAAACUGUGUACAUUUCUUAAUUACAUAUAUGUAUGUAUGUAUGUAUAUGAUGUGUAUCUUAUGAAAUACACAUUUAUAUUUUUUUUCUUAAUAUUUAAGGUUGAUUUUAAGAUAAAUUAAGUUUUAAAAAAUAUACAAUAUUUUUUUUUAUCUCACAAACAUUUAUUUUGUCCAAGGAGAAUAAAAGAAAAAACAAUUUUUAAUUAGUCUUAAGAAAUAUAAGGCUUUUUCACUUGAAAUAUUAAUUUGAUUUUAUAUAAAAAUGUUUGCUUUUAUCGUUGAAAAAAAAAAUGAAUCCAAAAGAGUAAGUCCUACAUCAUUUAGGAAGGAAUAAUGGGGAUUGAAAUUUUGUUUCAAAACAUCACUUUCUGUCUAAUUCAUUUUAAACGUAGUCCUUAUUGUAUUUUGGAACUUAUUCAUACACAAAAUUGAAUUCUAAAUGUUCAUAUUUAUAUUUUGCAAUAAUGUAAAAAAAAAACAAAGAAUGUGUGCAAUAAUCUUAAAAGUAACAAACGUAACGUUACUUUGAUGCCAUUGUUACUAAAAAUUUAGUUUUUUCCCGGGUCUUAUAUUCUUCCCCAACAUAUUGAUCGUUGUAUUUGUACUUAGUACGGAAUUUCGGCUUAUGUAAUUAUAUAAGAUAAUACUUGAGAAAGUGAUAAGAGUUUCCGUAUCUUAACAAUGAGCGCUGCUAUAACUUUAUAAAAAAACAAAUGGGACAUUUAGUUUCCUAAUGAAACCACUUUUUCCAUAUAUUCAUUGUGAUUUAAAUUGACGCCUAAAUUCUACAAUUGGUGUUAAGCAGUCUUUUUGUGCUACCAAUCCUUAUGAAUACAAAACAAAAAUCAAUCAAUCAAUACUAGUGCACCAUUUUAAAAAACUGUUCUUUAAUUUUUUCUUUGAAAACAAAGUGAAAACAAAUGUUCGAAUAUUCCAAAAAACUAACUUACUCUAAUGGACAAUAAGUAAUUUUAUUAUUUUCUGUUUGUUAAUUUACAUCUGUGCCUUAAGUAAUUGUCCGCGCCUUAAAUUUCAACGAAAAUAAAAAAUAAACAAAAAUUGUACGACCAGUGCCUGAUUUAAAUUAAAGCGGUAAAUAAGUAGUUUUGUUUUGUUGUUUUUUUUUUUUAAUUCAUUAACUAAGAAUAAAAAAUUUAAUUCGACUAAGUGCCAUUAUA